GAGCUAUGAUAAGACGGCAUUGGAUUUAAACACGGACUGGUAUAUUUUAGUCCGUGGAUUUAAAUCAUAAUAUGCAUAAACCCGGCUAAACCCAUUUUCUGAAUUCUGAACAUGUUUCUUUGUUGCUGAGUGCUGACUGCCCCGACUGUCGUUUUGGAAGAAUUUAAUUUUUAACAUGAUUUGUACUCUUGUUCGUUUUUAAUUUACUAUUACAAUUAUAUAUUUGCUGAGUUAUUUAGCCUAACAUUAUUCACAAAUCGCAAAUAUUUGACCAGUGCGAAGUGGGCUGUAAAUGUUUGAAUAGGCACUCAAGGUAUUACUUGUAUGAUUGUACCUAUAUUCGUAUCUCGAAUAGUACACCCCGUCGUGGCUGUUCCUUUCAAUAUCUUUCCUCUUGCCAGUUGUCGUGUCCAUCCAAGUGUCCAAAGUCUAAGACUGCAUUUCAGUCAUCACUCAUCAGUAUUGAAUAUUUACUUUAGUAUUUAUUUCAAUUUGAAUGUCGAGGUUACUAGGUUAGUGAAAGUAAGUGCCUACAGAAAAAUGGAUUUCAUGUCAACAGAUUUUGAUCUCGCUGAAAACAUCUUUUAUUUCCACAACGCCAAACUUCAAAGUUUGGGAUUUGUGCUCGACUGGGAUACAAAAGAAAAAUUUUACGUUAACCUUUUAAGAAUGUCCUUUGCAGAUGUAUUUGAUAUCCCAAAUGAUCAUUCAAUGGUACUCGCAAGACCAGGACAAACAAAUUAUUUUCAUAAAAGUAUCCCAGCAUUUGAUAUUAGAUACAUUGAAGAUUGUUUUAAAAUCAAAGACUACCCUGAUCCAACCAAAUAUUUAAUUAAAAACACAAGUUCUGGUAGUUAUACAAAAGAUGAUAUAUUCGAUUGUUGGUUCUAUCAAACUAAAUCGUGGUCUGAUUUAAUUUCAAUUCCAGAAAAAUCGCCAUCUAAAAAUUCUAUUACUCAAGUCACAAGUUCUAACGAUGAUUUUGGUAGUACUGUGUUGUCUAACCGUUUACAAAAAGCUUCUUCAUCUAAAAAUUCUAACGAUGAUUUUGAUGGUACUGUGUUGUUUAAAAGUUCACACAAAGCUUCUUCACAUAAACACACAAGAAUUCCCUAUUCACAUAAAGAAGAGAUGAAUAUUAUUAAUUAUAUCAUUAAGAACAACUAUGCUUUAGAUAUUAAAGGGAGAGCAAUGUGGCAACAAAUGGAACAUGACAACGUAUGCAAACUUCGUACAUGGCAAUCUAUGAAAGAAAGAUAUUUAAAAUCCAUCAAAUAUGAUUUAAAUUCAGGAAAUCAUAGAUUUCCACAUAUUAAACCAAAAGAUUUGAAACUAUUGCGACAAGGUUUAAAUAUUGAACAAAUCAAUAAGUAUGAGAAAGAAGCAAUAAAAUCCCGAUUCAAUGAAGAACGAAUUGAUAACUUGUCAUCAGACAGUUCCUAAGUUUAAUUGGCAACAAAAUGUAUGCAGAACAGAACACACACUAUUAUGAUGCCAGAGAUUUUUAUUAUCCUUUUCAGGCAGUUGUUAGACAGUUCCUAUUUUCUAACAUUAAAACAUUUGUAUAAUAUAAAUUAUUAAAAAAUUAAUUAUAUCAUAAUAUUUAUACUAAAA